AUGGAUGCGUUUUUGAAUUUGGCAAGAAACGAUGUGGAGAUUUCAUCAAAUGCACCAAAACAACUAACUCUUGAACUGCAUUCAAAAUUCAUUAGCAAUUAUGAAAAGAACAAACAAUCUUAUGAAUUUAUAAUGUCCGAAUAUUUACAAAUGAGUGGAAUGUAUUGGUGCUUAACAGCGAUGGAUAUUAUGGGAAAAUUAUCCGAGUUAGAUGAUCUCAACGCUAUCGUCGAUUACAUCAAAAAAUGUCAACAACCGAAUGGUGGAUUCGCAUCAGCAGUCUCACACGAUGCUCAUCUUCUUCAUACACUUUCUGCUGUUCAGAUAUUAGUGAUGCUGAAUAGAUUGAAUGAAGUGGAUUUGAGUGGAGUUGAGAAAUAUGUUGUUGAACGACAAAAUGAAGAUGGAAGUUUCGGAGGGGAUUGCUCGAACGAAAUUGAUACGCGAUUCUCAUUUUGUGCGAUUGCGACACUUUAUCUUAUUGUUAGUCUUCAUUUCGAUUAGAAGAUUAAUAUCGAUAGAACGGGUCGUUGGCUUGCUGAGAGACAAUGCCCAUCAGGUGGAUUGAACGGUCGACCAGAGAAGUUACCAGAUGUUUGCUAUUCGUGGUGGGUUGUUGCAUCAUUGGCCAUCAUUCAACGUAUUCAUUGGAUUGAUCGAGAUCUCUUGAGAAAAUUCAUAUUGGCGUGUCAAGAUGAGGAUGGUGGAUUUGCAGAUCGACCUGGCGAUAUGCCAGAUCCGUUUCAUACGUUAUUUGGUUUGGCUGGACUGAGUCUACUCGGUAAUGAACGAUCACUAGCACCCGUAGAUGCUGUUUUAUGUAUGACAAAGCGAUCGUUGUCAAAAUUAUCAAUCUAUUAG